UGCUGUAGAGCGCAGAAAUGGAAGGUGAAGAGCUGGAGAAGGACGAUGCACAUUAUCCACCAACAGGCCAAACUCUUGUGGACAUGGUUCAGGACAUCUUCAAAAAUAAAAAAAAUCCCAGUUCCACUUCCACGUGAGGCAGUCCACACAAAGACAUUCCCGUCUGCUUUGGUCCCAUCAGAGACCUUCUGCCGUCAUUGCCCAGAACACACUAUGCUGAGUGAACCAGCUCUAAUCACCUCAAAGGCAAAGAUAGUGAGCCUUACAGAUGUCUUUGAAGGAAUUUCAUUAUAUACCAAGUGGUGCUACAAGUGUGGCCUGGUUUACCGAUACCAGGAAUGGUCUGAUGGUGUCCACAACUUUGACAACCAUACACUACUGUCAAUACACCUUUGCCUUUUCCUGCAAAACAGUCUUCAGACUCACCAGGCUGUUGGUAGCGUCGUUGAGGUACCGGAGAAAACAUCGGGCAAACGUUUCCCAUCAGCUCAGAAGAUUCUUCAGGCUUAUAUGACGUUUGAGGCCUUGUGUGACCACAGUUACACAUUUGCAUGCGUGUCAUGUGGCUAUCAUCCUGUGACUGUGGUUAUGGAUCUUCACAAGAAAGGAGUGUUUAGCAUGCCUGUGAGCGAUAUAGAGGAACCACCAGCAGAUUUUGAUGGCAGGGUGAAUGCUGAAGAGUUCUGGCAGAAGGUGCAAAUGGAAGUGAUUUCCCGGGGAUUGGUGCAACAAGGAAAACCCCUUUGUCAUCCUUGGAUAGGGCCCCACACCAGGAGUGGCAAUGUCGUAUUCAAUACAGAAUACCAAAAAAUGCAUUCCCCACACAGUCCUGUGGAAGAGUUGGAGCUGACGGUCACAGAGGACCGACUCACAGACGACCUUUUCAAAGUCAAGAUGGCAGAUCUACGAAGCUUGUGUGGUCAGUGUGGUGUGGACCCCCGAGGUUCACGAAUGGACAUUGUAAGCAGGCUUCAGCAAGAAAUGAAGAACAGAGACAGCUAUGACAAGGUCUUCUCUCAGAUUUGGGGAGCUUCAGGUGGAUGGGCAGUAGUAACCUGCCCUUGUGCUGUGGUCUAUGCCGUAAAAUUCAAUAUCAGAGCAGAAAGUCCACGUGAUUAUGCUGACAUUCUUCUGUCCUUCAAACACUUUCCAAACAUCACACUGUAUGAUUCUGCCCCUGGUUUGGCAACCCACACCAACCAAAGAGUGCCACAAACGUUUUGGCCGCAUGGUGGCAGGUUGUGUGAAGCCACUGAUGGCAAUAUUGCACAGGCAGCUAAAGGUGAACUAAAGGUGAACUUGCCAUGGUUAAAACACAAGGUGCCAGACCCAGAUGGACAUCCUCUCACUGGAUCGUCCGCUCAUUACGCCUUGUAUGAUCGUUUUCAUGAGGACAACACAAAGGAUAAGCGUGACGUCCUGCGAAAAGUGGAACUUUGUCCAGAGAUCUGUGGCUGGGUCAACAGUCAGACAGCCGAACAGCUGUUUUCAGGGAUGAGGCGAAAUAAUCAUUUUCUCAACAUGAUGACGCCAUCCUCACAUGUGUUCCUAAUGCGGAACAUUCUACACCACUACAACUGCCUAAAAAAUGCUGCUGUUAUGGACAACUUGAAGAAGACACUUGGCCAGGAACAUGACAUGUCAGUCUUGCGGAGGUUGUGGUGUCUGUUGAUACUGGAGAACAAAUCCCUUGACAGACAUGGCCAGGUCUUUGCAAAUUGGACAGCAGAGUGCCAGACGAUGUUGAAUGGAAAUUAUACUCCAGUGUUCAGGCUCAAGAGAAGGCGCAACCAGGAAUCUGAGACUCUGUGUGCUGAUGACCACAACUAUGCCAAAGCAACCGAGGCACAAAUUGAGGUACAAAGGAUACCGCCAAUCUUACAGAUCCCUUGGGGUGUACUUCAAGCUGUUCUCCAGGAGGUGGUACUUGCACAGGGAGACUCAGCUUACCUCACCUUAGCAUUGACCUGCAAGUACUUUAAAGAUAUUGUGUCUGACCCACUUUUCAGGAAGAAAACUCACUUUGCUUGGCUGGAUGGUGAGAUCAAUUGGGCAAAGUUUUCACAGUCAUUCAAGGCAGAAAACCGAAUUCCUUUUGCGGUUGUAAUAUGUUCUUCUUGCAACCGGCAAUAUAAAGACUGUGUGGGCUUCACCGGCAAUGGAAGACGAGGAGAGUACCCAAGGUACUACUGUGAUGCCAUACCCGGACACUGCCCUGAAUGUCAAUAAUCAAUGCAUCAGUUUGUUUUCCAGUCUUUCAGACAUGUCUGUUGUCACACAUUGUUUGAUUUUUUUGUCUUUUUCUGUGACCUUCUAUUUUAAAACAUUUCUGAUGAAGCACAUUUGCCUUUUAACUUGUGCAGUCAUUCUUUUUGAGUUGUUUCAAUAUUAUGUAACUUUUUGAAUGUUCCUUUUGCUAUAGCUCAUUCAUUCAUUUAGUUUUUAUAGAAAUAUUGUUCCAAUAUUAUUCCAGACAAAGUUACAUUGUAGCUGUAAGAUGUUGAAAAGAGAGGGAACCAAUAAAGUGAUUGUAAAUAUACUGUAACAGCGUUGUUUAACAAUUUCAUAACCUUUUUUUAAAA